AUGGAAUUGCUAGUAAUGUCCGGCAAUCAAAGUUUAGACAAUACGAGCACUAGUCCAUCUGAUAGCUUAGAAUUUUCUCUACCACAUAUUGCUCGAUUUUGGAUUCUUCUUCCAUCCGAUAUCAUAUCUAUAUUUUGCACACUCAUUGUUUUCAUUCAUGUUCUUAUCAAUCGAAAAGCACGUCGCAGUGUCAAAAAUCAUGUUCUCGUUGCUAUGCUUGUCUUUGAUGUAGGUAUACAAAUAAUUGAUAUACCUCUGUAUCUUAACUUUAUUGUGCAUUCCAUCGUUUUUCCAACAAAGACAGCGACUUGUCUAAUUUGGGUUUUUACCGAUAUUGGCUUGUAUAAUGGAGGAACAAUACUCAUGGCCUGGAUGGCAUUUGAACGACAUAUUAUCGUAUUUCAUGAUCAAUGGAUAUUAACAAGAAAAAGACGCAUCAUUGCACAUUAUAUACCAUUAUCAUUUUUAAUAUUAUAUAUUUUGAUAUUUUAUAUAUAUUCUACUUAUUUUCCUCCUUGCCAAGAUGCUUAUGAUUUUACAUUACCAGUUUGUGGUGCAAGUCUUGGCUAUGGAAAUGGAUUUAUGUGGAUAUGGGAUUCGUUUAUGAACACAUUGAUUCCGUCAUUACUCGAACCUUUUUUCACUUUGAUUUUUCUUUUACGAGUAAUUUGGCAGAAACAUCGUUCGCAUCAACCGAUUCAAUGGCGUAAACAACGAAAAAUGACAAUUCAACUCAUGUCAUUUUCUAGUCUCAAUCUGAUUCUUACUGUUCCGCUCAAUAUUUUAUAUAUAAUUGAUUUCUGUAGUAUACCAAUAUAUGUUGAUGCCAAUUUCAGCCAGUAUCUAUUUUUUUUCGCAUAUUUUGUCCCUUUGACUUUUCCAUUUAUGUGUCUCAUGUCGAUGAUUGACGUAAAGCGAGUAUGUCAAACAAAAAUAGUUUAUUAUCGAAGACUAUUUUCAAGGGUCGCAGCAACAAUAAAACCAGAAGACCAUAGAACAAAUAUGAACACUUAACAUUAAUUGAAACAUUAAGAAAUUCAGUUAUUGUUGUAUGUCUUUGAUGUUGUAGCGAACUUGACAAAUAAAUAUUUAAGCCGACUUUUAUUUCUUUGGCAAUUCGAUACGAUAGACUUUUCAAGUGAUUAAAAAUGUAGUAUAUUUAAUGAACUAUAACUGAAAGUUAAUGAGAAUAUCUAUUACUCUAUUGCGACUCGAAGUCAUUAUAUAAUAUGUAGCUCUUCACAGUUGUGUAACAAUCUAUAGAACUAUUUUCUUCUGUUAAAACCUUGAAGUUCAGAACUGUAAAAAGUACCUAUUCAAAUAGAAUUUUUAUUAUUAUGAAAAGUAAAUGUGUUCCAUAUUCGCUGAUAACUUCAAUUAAAUUCAGAAAAAUGAAUUGUUUACUUCUAGUGAACCGCCAUUAUUGCGUAGACACACCAAUUCUGAUUUUGAAAAUCACUUAGAAAUUUCUCAAAUAUAUUGAGAUCUUACUUUUUCUACAUUGCAAUAACUCUAAUUAUCUGACACUAACAUCUGGUAAUCGCAUGUUUUUUGUAAAAAAUACAAACGUCAUCUAAACAAUUCAAAUUAAAUAACGGCUAAAGGCCUUAUUGAAGACAUGAAGGAACGUUGCUGCAUCACCAACUAUCAACAACUGAACUAAUUCUAUAUGAUCUGUUUAAAAGUUUCAUGCUGUUAAAAAAAUCAUUUCUGCAUACGAAAUCUUGUUGUUGUUUGUGCGAAUUAAAAGACAAGUAUUUUUCUUCGAGAAAAAUUUCAAGAAACAAAGUAAACAAGAAUUGUUGUGAACUUUUCAUUAAAAUAAUAUACGUGAAGCAGAGAUGUCUAUCGCGGUUAAAAAGGGGAAAAAGGACUUUUGAUCACCACAAAAAGAUAGUUUUGACCACCAAACAAUUAAAAAUACAAAUCAUGACCCGUAAAGGAUUGUUUUGAUCACUACAUACUUUUAGAUACAAAUAAUCACCGAAAAAAGAUACUUUUGAUCACCAAAGUUUUUAAAUCGUUGUGAUGUUGCAUCAUUGCUAGUUUGUUUAUCCAGUAUCACUUGCAUUUCAUUAGCUUUCAUAAGUCACGUGUUGAAGCAUUAAGUACACGAAAAAGGAAAGGACGUUCCAAGAAAGUUAGCACAGCUUACGAUAAAAAGAAAUUAAUAAAGUUGUUGAAGUGUUCCUUGUUUGUUAAUUAUUUCAUUUUUUUUUGGAUGUUACAUUUUUUGGGAGAAAUAAAUAUAUUGGAUGAAUGUUGAAAAAUCUGGUGAUCAAAAGUAACUUUUUUGGGUGAUCAUUUGUAUCCAAAAGUGUGUGGUGAUCAAAACAAUCCUUUACGGGUCAUGAUCCGUAUUUUUAAUUGUUUGGUGAUCAAAACUAUCUUUUUGUGGUGAUCAAAAAAACUGUGACCCUUAAAAAGUGACCGCUGCCGCGCCGCGAUGGUAACACCAAAAAGGCUAACGUACCGCUACGGCUCCACGGUGAGUAAAACAGAAAGCCUACCGUGACGCUGCCGUACCGCUCCCAAAACUAGCAAUGUCACAACCGCGCCGCUGCCGCAAUGAUUUUCAGAAUAAUGAUGUGAAUUUUACGACCUGUGACGUUCAGAACCAGAACUUUUCUCACCAAUCGAUAAGACUCGUUGAAUCUCACAGUUCUGCCCUUGCAAAUGCUGAAUUUCUGUUGAAAUUCAUGCAUUUUUGCAUUUUUCUCCGGAAAAAAAUCUACCGCUACCGCACCGCACCGCGAUGGACAUCUCUGCCUUAGUCACAAUUAAUUACUGUAACAAUAUACGACAAAAACUGUCAAAAUUCAAUACUUUCAGUUUAUGAUAAUUUUUUUUUCUUAUAACUCAAAUCUAUCUAGUCUUAAAAGCUUAGAAUAAGCUGGAACUCAACUCUUAUUUCAAGAUAUUCGUAGUUCAUGAGCAUGACAUAAUGUACGCAGUGUUGAGUCAAAAAGCAGUAAACAUUGAUUGAUAUCUUGAAUUUAGCUCUAUUUAAAUUAUAUGUCCUAUGCAAGAAAAUAAAUGUAUUCAUGAAAAUAGAGUUUUGAAUGAUUUAACAGAAAACUGGUAAAUGAACAAUGCAAUAAUUCUCAUUUUUAAUCAGAUUGUUUUGUGGAUUAUUGAAUAAUAGAUGAAUGAAAAACUAGUUGUAGCUUCUUCUCCUUGAAAUCCUCUUAGCUUCGAUGUGGUUGAAGAAAUCUAAGUGAAAUACAAAUACAUGCAUUCUCGAGAAUGUGUUAGUUCGGCAUCUUCAUACAAUGAAUAAUUUUAAUUUUUCACAAAGCAAAACACUUAUGAUUUAUCAUUGAUGCGAGGUUUAACAAAAAAUCAUGAUAUGACAACCAUCCAUAUAACAUACUAAUAGGAAUACUUAUUCAAAAGAGGAAAACACUGGUUUCGGUCAAGUUUUAAAGAAAUAGAACAGCAAAUAUGAACAACAUAAACUGGCCUAGUCUAUGAUUUAAAAAGUUAAGCAGAAAAUGUUUACUAGAUUUUCGAGAUUGGUAAAAGACAACUGGUUCAAACCAAUUUUUUAUUAUUUUUUCCGACUUUAUACUCGGUUUUUCCUUCUGAAAUAACAUGAAACAUGCU